UCAAGCUCUUUUUAUUUUUCUUUUUUCUUUUCUUUUUCUUACAAUCUUUAUUAUAUAACAAGAUCAUGUCACAAGAAUUGUAAAAUUGACAAACUAAAUUUAAAUGAAAAACAAACUAACUACAUACACAUUAGAAAGAGGAAACAGAUUAAUUCAUUAUUAACACAUAAUCCGCUAACUGUUGUUGUGGUUGACGAACAAAUUUACGAGGUGCCGUUAGAUGGAGAAGAUAAGAACAAGUUUUUGAUUGUCAAUUUACCAACUUAUUUUCCAGAAGAGCCUCCUGUAAUUACCAUUUCACCUACAGGCAUGCGUCACCCCUGGAUAGAAGACGAUGUCAUUAUGCAUGACGGUUUACCUAGCUGGAAUUUACAGUCUAAUUUAGGUUUAUUCAUAAAAGAUAUUCGUAAUGAAUUUGCUCAAAGACCACCAGCAAAAAAGAAUAUAAUUGAAUCAUCACCUAUACAGCAACAACAACCCAUUAAUGAAGAAGGAUACGGUUCUCGUCCACCACCACCUAUACCUUCAGCCUCUUUAAAUAACAAUUCUAAUUUAAUGUCUAAUCCAGAAUAUAAUGCAAUAUCUAAAUUAAGUUAUGAACAAAUAGAAGAAUUACUUCAAAAUGAAACUGCAUUUGAUAUAUUCUUUCAUACUUUAGAUAGAGUAAAGAAUUUAAAAGCAUUUCAAGAAGAUUUAAGAAAUGGCAAUGAACAACUUGCAUAUAAGAAUUUGAGUAAAGAGGAUCAACUAGUCAAAUUGAGAACAGAAAUAGAAGCAAUGUAUUCUCAGUAUAUAAUAGAUAAAUUAGCUUUUGAUGAAAAAGAAAGACUACAACAAGAAGCAUUUAAUAGAUUCUCGUCAUCCACUGUUUUAACAAGAUUAAAGGCAAGUGUAUAUGAAUCAGAUGAAUUAUCAGAAUCAGUCGCACAGAGUUUCUUGGAAGGCAAUUUAGACAAUGAUAGUUUUGUAAAACAAUUUAGAGAAUUUCGUAAAGUAUAUCAUUUAAGAGCAAGUAAAUUAGAAAGAGCACAAAAAGAUAAUUUAUUUGUAUCAUAAAUUUUGAUUGGAUACAAAUCAUUUAUGCAACAAACACUUUAUGAUCAUCUUCUGAUCUAUUUCCUAUUCCUUUUUCUUUUCUUUUUUUCUUUUUUUUUUUUCUUUCAAACGUAUAAUAAUGAGAAUUAUAAUUGCUGAUUCAGGUCAAGAGGUUGAAUUAAG